UAUGAAGAGUUUACUAUCUAAACUGAAAAUCAAAAUAUCAGCUGCUGAAUAUCUUAACAAUGAUGCAAAUAACCUGCAAGUAUUUAGUUUUACAACCAUUAAAGCAGCUACAAAUAACUUCUCGGGCAAUAAUAAGCUCGACGAGGGUGGAUAUGGUCCUGUCUACAAGGGGAGGUUACUGAAGGGACAAGAAAUAGCAGUCAAGAGACUUUCAAAAACUUCUCAUCAAGGACUUGAAGAGUUCAAGAAUGAAGUUGAGCUUACUGCAAGGCUUCAGCAUGUAAAUCUUGUAUGAGUCUUGGGAAUUUGCACUGAAAAGGAAGAAAAUAUGCUGAUUUAUGAGCACAUGCCAAACAAAAGUUUGGAUUUCUACAUCUUUGGUAUUCAAACUCUAUACUUCCAACUAUCUUCUAUACAAGUUUGUAUAUUUAAUCUUACUCUUUUAUGGAAUGAUCAAAACAUAGGCGAAAACA